AUGGAGGCCACACAGGAAUCCACUCAGCCAUGCGCUGAUCCUCGCCGAAUGGGAAUGAAUAACUCUGGCAUUCAAGAUGAAGAUUUGUCUGACAUUAUUUGUACCCUCCAUCCUAAUUCUCAUGCUGCUCACGAUGCAGUCAGCGCCACAGCAACGCUCGGUCCACAGCAUAUACUCCAACGAGACAUACUGGAGCAAGGGGGAUUUCACACAGCGGAUCUGGAUGUGGCAUUGAGGCUCUCGUCAAAUGUUCACAAUCUUGGCCUGGGAUUCUGCUUUGGUCGUAAUCGUGCGCGCUGUGACGUGCUUUUGGCGGUUGAUGACGAAGCCAAGCGUGUAUCGAACACUCACUUUCGCAUUUAUCUGACGGGAGAUGGAAUCCUCAUGCUCCAGGAUACAUCUACCAAUGGUACCAUCGUGGAAAAUUGCCGUCUGCGAAAGACCCAAAAGGAGAACAGCCGGAUGCUCACAAACGGAUCAGUGAUCCAGGUGGUGACGGGAAUCGGUUCUGAGGAGGUUCGCUUCGUGGUUCGAAUUCCAUCAAGAGAAGGAUUUGCUGUUCAAUACCAGGAGAAUGUCCGUCAGUACUUUGAACGAGUUCAAGCCCAUGCACCAGCACAAAAGACUCGACAGGGCCCGCCUCCGUCUGUUCUGACAUGGUCAUCCGCGAACGCGUUCGGUAUGCAUUGGGCCGGCGGUGCAAUGUACAACGUGACUGGGCAGAUUGGCAAGGGAGCUUUUGCUACAGUUUACAAGAUCGCAACUAAGUCGCACGGAGCCAUCUACGCCGCCAAGGAGCUCGAUAAGCGUCGAUUCAUGAAAAAUGGUAUUUUGGAUCAAAAGGUCGACAACGAAAUGAAAAUCAUGAGAGACUUGACGCAUCCGAAUAUUGUUCAAUAUAUUGACCACCACGAGCAUGACCGAUGGAUUUACAUCAUCAUGGAGUAUGUUCCAGGCGGCGAGCUGUCAACAUACCUGCAGACCCAGGGCAGAAUUGCUGAGGAAAUGGUGAGAACAAUUGCACGCCAAGUGUUGCGAGCUCUCCACUACCUGCACAAACGCCGAAUUACACAUCGAGAUAUAAAGCCAGACAACAUCUUGAUCGCCUCGCUCGAUCCGCUCAAAAUUAAGUUAUCGGACUUCGGAUUAUCGAAAGUAGUGGAACAGGAAACUUUCUUGAAGACCUUUUGCGGUACUUUGUUGUACUGCGCACCCGAGGUAUACCCGGACUAUGAACAAUAUCGCCGUGGUGAGCUUAGAAAGAGACGCCGUGCUGGUGAUCCACCUCCGAAAACCUCUCCAUACAGCCAAUCGGUCGAUAUCUGGUCUCUUGGGGCAGUUCUGUUCCAUAUCUUGUCGGGUGUUCCGCCAUUUUCUGGUCGCGCUGAAGAUCGAGGUGUCCAUAUGCUAAAACAAAUCAUGACAAGUGAUGCUGACUUCAACGUCCUACGCCAAGCAGGCGUGUCUGAAUCUGGAAUUGACUUUGUCUCUCAACUUCUCAACCGGGACCCAUUUUCCCGCCCGACAGAAAAGGAGUGUUUUCAGCACCCUUGGAUCGCUGAAGUCGCAGAUGUAGAUGAGUAUGAGGACGACAAAGACCUGUUGUUUGACCCUAGCGACCACCAUGACGGCCUUUCAGUCAUCGGUGAGGAUGCAGAGGGUGAGCUAGAUGCGUCACAGUUGUCCAUCGCCGACGGUACCUGGAACAAUCAUGGAGCCGACGGCGAGGACAGAAGUAGCAUGGAGGCAGUAGCCAAAAAGCCGCGGAUUGAGUACAUUCCCACCGAUGUACGAUAUCCCAGUCUCCCAAACAUUGAGAGUUUUCAAGAUGGACAAGCUGUAGUGGACGACCACGCAAAACGCUUAUUCGGUGAAGUCUCCUCUUCGGCUUUGCGAAGCUCUCACGCAUUGGGCAACGUGGGUGGUUAUGACGAUUUUGAUCAAUUUCCACCUGAGGAAUCUCACUCUUCUGGUGAGUCGAUGAUGAGCGACGAUCCCAACGAGUCAAUUAUCUCCCUCCCAGUCGAGCCCUUUGGCGGCACCGCGCCGAGCUUGAUGGGUGCAGAGAAACUCGUUGGGCAACUCAACAUGAAUUCCUUGGACUCCGUCCAGAACUCCAAAGCCGGCGCGGUUAACAGCUCUUCCUCGCGCCAGACCACCCCUGGAUCCGCCAAGGAACCAACGACGCCAGCUAGUACCACCAACACCGAUCCUUUCCACCCUACUUCGAGCUCCAAAGAGCCAGUUGCAUCCAGUACCCAAGAGCCAACUCCGAAGGCCAUUUUCAGGCGCCGAAUCAAUCUUGCACUGCCAGACACGGCCAGCGAGGCGUCCAGCGACAGUAGCGCACGCAACAGUCACCGAAGCAUCGCUCCCCACAACCCUCCUCAGGUCUCAGAGUCCCAAUACAAUCUUGAGUUCGCUACCACCCUUGAUGCUGAAACAGGCCGAGUCAUUUUGGAUCAAAUGCGUGCCGAAGAAGCGGACUCAUCAGAACCGAUUGUUCAUCGACCUAACCCAACUGCAAUCUCCUCUGCUCUCUUAGAUCCAAAGUUUGCCAAACCGCCAAAGCGAUUCGGAAAGUUGAAGACUGUUCCUGGUUCGAUCCUCGACUUAACUCUUUAUCUCGAAGAACGGCUCACCUCAUGGGGUCGAGGCCCAUUGGCGACCGUCAAGCAUGCGGACCCUAGCGAUACAAGAAUCCCAGCCUAUGCCCUCGAGGUUACAUUUUGGGCGCCAGGGAUCGAGCCCAAAAUCGCAAUGGGUGCCAAUUGGGUGGAUGUUCCCGGGGUCAUGGCCAUUCUUUCAACGAAAGCGCGCCACGGCAUCUGGGUGAACGACAUUCCCCUUCGUCGGGGCUUGAAGACCCAGGAUGGCCCCGAAACCCUACAAUUCGGCAAACUCUACACAGGCGACAUCAUCACAGUGUACCAAAGCAAUGACCGAAAGAAGUUCCUCAAGUUGGAGUGCGAAUUCACUCAUGGCGAUAGUGCCCGGUCUCGGCCCGAUGACGAGCCCGGAUUCAUGCUUCGGCAGGCGUUGAUGACCAAACCAAAUGGCGCCAACCGGCUGCCGGCUCAGUCUCUGUGCAAAGAUCGGAAUUGA